AUGGCAGGUUCGGAAGGAUUCGUUGAAGCUGAUAAUGCAGAAGCGAUUAUCACCAGAAUUGAACACAAAACUCUCAAGAUCGAAACCUUACUCAAACAGUUUAAACCCGUCGAAGCUCUUAAAACCGCUCUUGAAGGAACCUAUGCCAUGACUAGUGAUGAACGUUGCAAGUCGGCACAUUGGAUUGUUGUGCAUAGAGCAAUAAUGGCUAUAAAAGAUGUGGAUGGGAUGCUUUCUUCCUUGGAUCCUGAAUACUAUGACAUCCUAAUGAAGUAUUUAUAUAGAGGCUUAUCUACUGGAGAUCGUCCAACAUGUGACCAAUGUCUUCGAAUUCAUGAAAAAUUGACAGAGAGAGCAGGCCAUGGUUGCAUUCUACGUUUCUUGACUGAUACCGUAAACACAGUUUGA